GAUUUCGCAGCGGCCACUAAAUCCAUUAUUAAGCAGCUUGCUGUGGAUCUAGAGCGUAUACAUGGGUUGGGAGUGAGAAAAAUAGCUGUUACAGCAAUAGGGCCCCUGGGAUGUCUGCCCCGCAUGACUUCAUUUCUUUCAUAUCAGAAUUGUAGUGAAGUUGCCAAUUUGGUUUCAAUUUUCCAUAACCAGAUUUUGCGUCAAAAAGUUGAAGAGUUGAACAAGGAGACUAAGAAAUCUUCAUUUGUAAUCUUGGAUCUUUAUAACGCAUCUCUGUCUGCAAUUAUGCUCCCAAAACACCAUCAAGGAUACUCGACACUCCAGAUUAAUCCACUGAAGCCGUGUUGUGUUGGGGUGAGCAAGGAAUACCCAUGUGGGAGUGUGGAUGAGAGUGGAGCAAAGAAGUACAUUGUAUGUGAUAAGCCCAAACUUUCUUUCUUUUGGGACACGAUUCACCCUUCGCAGAAUGGCUGGCAUGAAGUUUAUUCCGCUAUAAAAUCUUCUCUUCGUCAAUUGUAUUUGUGAUUUAUUGUGUAGUUUA